UCAUCUGAAAGAACGGCGCCCUGGCAGAAAUGUUGUCGAAGACUUAACAGAUUUUGCAUCAAGCCGUUAAAUGUGUUGAUCCAUUAAAGAGGGGGCAUUUCAACCCCGCACAACUUAAUUAAACAGCGGACCCUGAUUGGAAGCCGAACUGACAGCCUGCCCAUUCAAACGAAUUAGGGUUUAUCAAAGGUGGUGGUCGCUGGUGCGAAAGGGGGGGACCUGGAAGAAGAAAAUUAACUUUGAUUGGUUUUGGAAACUUUGGCGACACCUCCACCAACACCCACCCCCUUCGCAUAUCACCCAAAGUUUGGAAGUGUACCGCCCGAGAAAAGCGUCACACACAAAUACACGUUGGAGUCGCGGAGAUUUAAUUUAGAAAGUCGAGAGCAGAGCCUGCGGCCCGUGCAAGAAUGGAAGAAUUAGCGAGGGAGAGCAUCAGCUUAUUGGCCAAGCCUGCGUUGGACACAGACGGCCCGAGGCUAGGUUCCUUCGGUGCAAUAUUUAUUAUGCUAAAAUCUGCGCUGGGCGCGGGGCUCCUAAACUUCCCGUGGGCUUUCCAGAAAGCUGGGGGUGUGAACACGGCCGUCGCAGUGGAACUGGUGUCCCUAGUUUUCCUGAUCAGCGGGUUGGUGAUCCUGGGCUACUCCUCGUCCAUCAGCAGGCAGAACACGUACCAGGACGUGGUGCGGGAGGUGUGCGGCCCCGCCAUCGGGCAGCUGUGCGAGGUCUGCUUCGUCUUCAACCUCUUCAUGAUCUCCGUGGCCUUCCUGGUGGUGGUGCAGGACCAGCUGGAGAAAUUGUGCGUUUCGCUGUACGAGUCGGUCACGGGGUCCCCCGAGGCGGAGAUGCCGCACUACUGGUACACGGACCAGCGCUUUGCCCUCUUCGUCGUGUGUAUCAUCCUCAUCCUCCCUCUCUCCAUCCCCAAGGAGAUCGGCUUCCAGAAGUACACCAGUAUUUUAGGCACUCUCGCUGCCACAUACCUGACCGUGGCCAUUAUCGUGAAAUAUUACAUGAAAGAAGAACAUACAGCCACUAUCACCCCUACAUACUCCAGUGGUAUCAGUUCAUGGGCGUCGAUGUUCAGUGUUAUUCCGACCAUCUGCUUUGGGUUUCAGUGCCACGAGGCCUGCAUUGCCAUCUACAGCAGCAUGGAGAACAAGAAGCUCUCCCAUUGGGUGAUCAUCUCGGUGGUGUCCAUGCUCUUCUGCCUGCUCAUCUACUCCCUCACAGGGGUUUUUGGUUUCCUGACAUUUGGAAAGGAGGUUGCCGCAGACAUCCUGAUGUCAUACCCCGGCGACGACGUCGUCAUGAUCGUUGCCAGGCUGCUCUUUGGAAUUUCCAUCAUCACCAUCUAUCCCAUCAUUCUACUGCUGGGCAGGUCGGUGAUUCAUGACCUGCUGCUGCGUUGCCGGCGGAGACACGCCGUGGUGACGCAGUCCUAUGAGAACCGCAGUCGCGUGCUGCUGACGGUGGCCUGGACGGCCAUCACCCUCCUCAUCGCCAUCUUCGUCCCCGACAUGAGUGAGGUCAUCAGCGUCAUCGGGGGCAUCAGCGCCUUCUUCAUCUUCAUCUUCCCAGGUCUGUGCUUAAUAUUCGCCAUGCAGACAGAGCCCGUGUCUCCCAGGACCAAAGUUGUUUUGACGACGUGGGGCGCCAUCACGGUCCUGUGCGGAGCCUUCAUUUUCGGACAGAGCACCACAAUCGCCGUUAUGGAACUGUUCAACAAGUUUUAAUCAUCAUCCUCGUCAUCAGAAAUCACCGUCAUGGAGCUCCUCAACAAGUUGUAUUGGUCACCUCCAUCACCAUCCUCAUCAUCGUCACUAUGAUGGACCUCCUUGACAAGUUUGCUGCCGCCAACUCCGAGGCCUUCGGUGAAAUCUUAACCUACGUCCUCAUCAUGGAUGAAUCCAGUUGAAGGCACCUCCAUCACAGACCACUUUGCCCCCAUGGGUACUUCAGGAUUAUGGGGGAUCCACACAGUUCCUGCCUCUCCGCCCAGUUAAUACUGUACCGUUCCCCUCAUGUUUAGGCCCCGGGCAGCUCUUCUGCUGCUAGCGCAAGGUUCUGUGAACGCUGUGAGCCAAUGAGGUGCGAGCGAGAGCUUGAGAACCAAUGAGGUGCUCGCUGCUUCGGGCCGUUUAAGUGCUGAGCGUGGUGAGCGUGCGCUUGUUUGAUUGGUUUACAGCCCACGGGAGGCUAGGUUUUUUUUUUUUUUUUGCUUUUGGGGGUUCAUGAAAGGUCAUGUUGUUCGUGUUUCAAUUCCUGUCACACACUGGAUUUUUAAAAACGGCUGAAGAAUCCGUUGAAUAGACAGCCGAACGAUUUCUUUCUUUUUAUUCUUUCUUGGGGCUGGUGCAGGUUGAAGGGGUUUGAGGAAAAAAAAGAAGAACAUUGUUUUUUGUGGAUUUUAGCGGGUGUGUGAGUGUGUCCAAAACAUUGUCAAACGUGAAGGUGGAGUGUUCUGGGUUAUGACACCCUUCUGCAAAUAUUAUUCUACAACUUCAGUUGAAAGAUUUCACAGGAUGUUUCCUUUAAAAGUUGCAAAUGCUAAAUUUAGAUAUUGUACCAGUUUUAGAAAAUGUCAACAGAAAUAAUGAGAGGGAAUGCCUGGAAUAGAUGUGGAAGACAUUUUUGCCCUUGACUGCAACCUGAUUGGUUCUCAAUCCAAAAACGUGUAGGUGUACUCCAUUGAGGCCCGACCUGGUUCAAGUACAUACUUUUCUAUGCUUAACUGAGCUCGUCUGAUCUAUUGGCACCUAUGAAACCCCACCUUCUGAUCUUCUUGGUUGGCUCAAUUGCACCAGGAAAGCUCAAUCGAGCACAGAAAAGUAUUGCAUAUUUGACCCAGGUCUGGUUGAGGCAUAUGAAGGUUUGUGGAGAGGCUUUUCUGUAUCUAACUGAUGUGUAACUGCCAUUUAGAGAAAAAACAAAAAAAAACAUGUGCCAA